AUGGUAGUCCGGCCGCCAAUAUGUCGAGUUGGUCCUUUGAUUAGAGGUCAAACACCACGCCUCAGACCACGAUUUCUUCCACAUCAUGUGCCUCGAUCUUAUUCUAAUCGAUAUGGAUCGAAACAUGACUUUCCUUACCACGCGGCAACAAUUACGCUCAAAUCAAAUAGCGAAAACACCCAGAACUUAAUUCCGAAACAUCUGAAGAAAUCGUUCAGACCUACAGCAGAGAGGCUCGGAAACGUGGAAGACCAACGUCUCGCAAUAGUGAUUUUGGCAACUCCAAAAUUUGCUCCAUGGCUUGAAGACGACGCAUUCAUCAUAAAGAUCCUCCAGAGUAUCACAAGACCUCCGAAAAAUGUGAAAACCGCUUGUGAUGACAUCGAUGUCGUCUGUGCCUGUGUUGAUGGUUUGACAACUAGUAUUGAGCAUAUUCAGGAUGCUAAAGCUUUAUCCAAAACCCCAGAAGGGUUGUCUUUCAUUCAUGGUGUACAAGAUGAACUAUUACCAGGACUCUGGGAUGAAGAAACUCCAUCGACGGGUCACCCGGACAUCAUGUCAACCCUUGUCUUUUCUGGGCGUGGUGAUUUUAAUACCAAAAUCACCUUGCCCUUAGCCAAUACUCUGUUCAUCAAUGGUGUCCGCUCAACCCUCCAAGUAUCAAGAUGGACGUGGCCCUCUCCCUCUGAAGUCGAGAACUUUACCGGUAUGCCUAAGAAAGUCAAAACUCUUCGAAAGGCUACUCAACUUAUCAAUGCCUUCGAUAAUAUGGACACCAAAUAUCCCAUGACGUGCAUUCCUGCAGUACCUAUGACGCCAGUAAGGACUAUUGCAAGCGGAAUGGGAAACAUAGUCCGUCAGCUAAAUUUUGAGCCAUUCACACCUGGGCCCGCGUCUCGUGAGCUUGAGGCUGCUGUUGAUCAGCACCUCAAGACUCUGAGCCCCAAUAAUCAACAAGAUACAAGGCCAGGAAUAUGGGCUCUCAUAGUACCCGACGAGGUCCACAGCCGUACCAAUGCAAACAUGAAUAUUUCCAUGUUGAGCGUCUACGAAGAGGCGACGAAAGGUAAAGGGAUAUAUGGCUCUCCAAAUACUGCCCUUUUGGAUUAUGUAGGAUAUUGGGUGAGAAGAGGGGCCAAGUUCUGUAAAGUUUUAAGUGGAGGAGGAGGAUGGGGUGCGAAACAAGGUCUUUUAUCACUCGAUCCACAGUCAACGUAUACACAAACCGAAGACAUUUCUUCUGAGUUUAUGGGCACUUCCGUAGAGGAGCAACAAAUGUCGGCUCUGGGAAACAUUGCAAAACCUGGUUCGUUCAUUCGAUUCUUCGGGAGAAGUUCCUGGUCAUCGGUACCCGACAAAACAGAGCCAAAGAGGAUUAAGGACUUCGAUCCAACAGCUCGAAACGUUGUGGUCGGAACAUGUGCAAGCACGAUUGAUGACAUUCCAGGAGACGCACAAGAUGAUGACACAGACUACAUCAGACUUCGAGCAGGUCAUUUUGGCUGCGUAACUCAGUCUGGUCUGUUCGUCGAGAAGCAACCAAGUGACGGGGGCUCUGCGUACGAGACGAAACUCGACAUGCCUAAUUCUUUCUUGUUCGCGUCCAUGAAAUCAGCUUAUAUGAAUCAGCCGCCGUCUGCACAACUAGAAGAUGGGAAGAUCAACAAGGAUGAGGAAGAGAGAGAUAAGUUCGAGCAUCUACUGGGUUCGGCCAAGCCGACCACGAGAAGAGUAACUGGAAGGUCACAAGCAGAGACGGAAGACGAGAAAGCCCUCAAGCAAGCUUUAAAGAAAGCAGAUAAGGGAUCAAGAAGGUAUAAAUAG